GCUCUAUCUCCGAGCGUUGGAUCUUCCUCGUAGCACUCUCCAUCACAUCGGCUUCUUCACUUGCUUCGCCGAUUUCCCCCACACCGCGCUUGCCGUCUAGGUUUCCAGCCGCCUGCGCCGGGAGGUGGGAAGCGAAGGCCAGCCUCGCCAUGGCGGACGACGAGCAGGCGGAGAGGAAGGAGGAGGUCGCCGAGCUUACUCCUUUUGAUCCGACCAAGAAAAAGAAGAAGAAGAAGGUUGUGAUCCAAGAUCCAUCUGAUGAAGUGGAUAAGUUAGCAGAGAAGACAGAUAGUUUGGCAGUUACCGAGUCUGGCGAGCCAAGCUUCGCAGGCAUGAAAAAGAAGAAGAAGAAGCAUGUGGAACUCGAUUCUUCUCUUACUGAAACUGGAGAUGGUGACGACACUGUAGAUGAUCAAGUCGCAGAGAAUGAAGAAGGAGAAGGGAUUGUGCUUGGUGGUGCCACCAGAUACCCUUGGGAAGGUACUGACAGAGAUUACAAGUAUGAAGAGCUGCUUGGCAGAGUGUUCAAUAUUCUGCGUGAGAACAAUCCAGAUCUUGCUGGUGAUAGACGAAGAACUGUUAUGAGGCCCCCUCAAGUUCUUAGGGAAGGAACAAAGAAGACAGUCUUCGUGAACUUUAUGGAUUUGUGCAAAACAAUGCAUAGGCAACCCGAACAUGUGAUGAUGUUUUUACUUGCUGAGAUGGGAACAAGUGGAUCCCUUGAUGGGCAGCAAAGGUUGGUUAUCAAAGGAAGAUUUGCUCCGAAAAACUUUGAAGCAAUACUCAGGAGAUAUAUCAAUGAAUAUGUGGUAUGCAAUGGAUGCAAGAGUCCAGACACCAUUCUUUCUAAGGAGAACCGGCUCUUCUUCCUUCGUUGUGAACAGUGUGGUUCAUCGAGGUCUGUUGCUCCCAUCAAGGCUGGAUUUGUUGCUCAAAUUGGCCGUCGGAAGGCCGGAACCAAAGCCACCUAGUACUGCUUGUAUACUCUCUCCCCCUGAUCAACACAAUGCAAACUAGUUUGCUGGUCGACAACAAAUAUUGGUCCACUUUCCGUUGUGGUUACACCGUUUACUGGAUUUCUUCUGUUCACCACACUUUUUAUUGCUGCUGUGAAUUUGAAUCUAUCUGAUGACAGGAUUCCCUGUUGCUGUUGUUUGC